GUACAAUUCCACGAGCGCCCUUUCACAGAGAGAGUGAGAGAGGCACAACGAAACGUCGGGCUUGCAAGCGCUGCAGCUCUCAACAAAUCCCAGGACCCCAACCAAUUCGACAAUGGACCGGUUAGCACGCCUCGUCAGCUACCUGCUGCUUGCCCUUCUCCCUCUUACUGCGGCCCUCAAAUUCGACCUUCAUCCAGUGGCCGAGCGCGAUUCUGCCCGAUACGAACGAUGCAUUAGAAAUUUCGUUGCAAAAGAGCAGUUGGUGGUUGUUACGGCGAUAUUGGAUGGGUACAGGGGAGAUGGCCAGAGGGUUGAUAUGCAUAUCCGCGACGCAAUGGGCAACGACUACCACCGCCCCAAGGACGUAGUAGGCGAGAACCGCUACGCAUUCACCUCGCACGCCGACUCGGUCUUUGACGUCUGCUUCGCCAACGUCUUCACAACUGCCUCGUCGUCCAAGUCGAUCAAGCCCCGCCACGUCGAACUCGACAUUGACAUUGGUGCCGACGCUAAGGACUGGAACGCCAUCUCCGCCAGCGAGAAGCUCAAGCCCGUCGAGGCCGAACUACGCAGGAUCGAAGAGGUUGUCGGCGAGAUUGUUAGGGAGAUGGAUUACUUAAGGUGGCGUGAGCAGAGGCUCAGGGAUACGAAUGAGAGUACCAAUGAGAGAGUCAAGUGGUUUGCUAUUGGCACCAUGGGCAUGUUGGUUGGACUGGGUGCGUGGCAGAUUAUUUACCUCAGGGCUUAUUUCAGGAGUAAGCACCUUAUCUAGAUGCAUACACAGAUUGAGGGGCUGGGGGAUGUGUGUGUACAAGAGAUUGUGGUGGAAGAAGCAGAGGGCAAAGGGCAUGUGUAUGAACAGCGUUAUGGAUUGCAUACUUGGCAGGCAAUGGCAAUUGAAGCGGCGUUGGGAGUGAUAUUAUACCAAGAACAAAAAAUUCAAAUCAUUGUCAUAAU